AUUCAUGGAGUCUCCAAAUCUCUACUGUGAUGAGUCUUUUGAACCGAUAGAUUCUCUCGUCUAAAGAAGUCACGGAUGCUACUGCUGGUGGUGAAGUCCUUGAAGAUAAAGAUAGGGAUGUUGCACCGAUAGAUCCUAUUGACCUCUCGUGUAAAAAGGUUAAAGAUGCUGCUGCUGGUGAACAUGAAAAUGUUCUUGAAGAUAAAGAAAAGGUUCUUUCACUGAUAGAUCGUAUUGACCUCUCGUGUGAAGAAGUUAUAGAUGAUGCUGUUGGUAAACAUGAAAUAGUUCUUGAAGUUGAAGAUGGGGUUUUCGAAGCGCUACCAAUUUUGAAUCAUCCGGCCUAUGCUGUCCAUCCUGAAAUUUCACAAUUGGACGAAGACAAUUUUUUCGAAAUGAAGCUUCGUAAUGAGAUGGAAGAUUAUGUAAAAGACCUCAUUAUUUCUGAUCACUCUACACACAGGAUGAUGGUUGAACAUGUUUUCCAGUUGGGAGAAAAAUUGAAAUUGCAAAAGGAGAAUGUCUACAUUGCUGUUCAACUCGUUAAUAAGUCACUUCUUGCUGGUCCAGUCAGAGAAAGAAUUUGUCAAAGCAUUGGAUGCUUGCUUAUAGUGAUGAAACUCAAUGAAAAAGAAGAACAAUUGAAGAAGUACCAAUUGCAUUUCAAAUACCCGGAGUUGAGGGAAAAAAUUGCUUUAGCAGCGAUAUCAGUCUUGGUUAAAAUAGGAUUUGAUAUUGGAAGAUGGGUAGGGUCAACCCCCUUUUUCUUCUUGCCAUAUAUGCUAACCAAAUAUGCCAACCAUUUUGGAAUAGAUGAGGUGAAAAAAGAAGAAAUUGCUACUUCUGCAGAAAAUAGGAUCUUACUGUCAGCUAGAGAUGUUUCAUCUAUUAAAAGGAAGCCAUCUAUCAUCGCAGCAGGGGCGAUCCUUAUAGAAAUUGACCUAAACUUGACUUCUGAGGCACUUAAAGACUUGCCUAUGACUGAGUUUCUAGAUCCAACUGAGUUGGCUGAAUCAUAUGCACUCCUACAGAAUGUUGACCUACUGUUGCCAAACCAAGAAGCGGUUGGAGAUGCAGAUGUUCUUAAAGAAAUUGCUGACCUUAUGGGAGAUGAGAGUUCUACGGGAACAGACCAGUCGACAUCUAAAAGAAGAAGUGAAGAUUCUACAGACAAGUCCACGUCUAAAAGAGUGAAAACUGAUGGGUGAAUCAUUGUAGUUCUAUCUGGCUACAUAGUUUUGUUUCUGAAUUCACUUGCUUGCCAUCCACAAGUAUAAUCUCUUGUAAAGUUCCACAGGUAUACAACCACUAAUAAUACUCAUAUUCUCGUGCAGAGUUUCACAUGUAUAAAAACCACUAAUAAUACUCAUUUUUGUUAUUAGACAAUUGCUUUGCUAUAUCUCUGUUUUCAAUUUGUUGGAAAUUUGA